ACAGAAGAAAGACUAGUUGAUGAAAAAUGAACAACGAAUAAAGUUGUUUAUGUUUUUGUUUGCUUGUGUACAUACCUAUGUAAUAAAUCUUGUAAACGUCACACAUCAAGGUUUCGUUUAUAAGUUGAACUUUAUACUUUUUGAUGACUUGAAUACCACGAAAUUUUAGUGCUAUUUUCUUUUAAAUAUAUACAGUAGUGUGAUUGCAAUAAUGUUUCGGAAUAUAACCGUAAACGCCGUGAGGAGAUGGCCGACUGCGCUGCCUCGGGGCAGAGCCGUGGCGUCCCUCGCAUCGCUGCCCGAGACGCACCAGAUGCUGCAGAAGACCUGCCGGGACUUUGCGGAAGCAGAGCUGAAGCCGCUGGCAGCCAAGUUUGACCGGGAACACCUCUAUCCCGAGGAGCAGGUGAGGACGAUGGGCGAGCUGGGGCUGAUGGCCAUGGCGGUGCCCGCGGAGCAGGGGGGAGCCGGGCUGGACUACCUGGCGUACGCUGUCGCCCUGGAGGAGAUCUCCCGGGGCUGCGCCUCCACCGGGGUCAUCAUGAGCGUCAACAACUCGCUGUACCUGGGCCCCCUGCAGGCGUUCGGCACGCCCCGGCAGCAGGAGCGCUUCCUGCGUCCCUUCGUCGCUGGCCGGCGCGUCGGCUGCUUCGCGCUCAGCGAGCCCGAAAAUGGCAGCGAUGCGGGGGCAGCCAGCACCACAGCCAAGCACGGCAGCGACGGCUCUUGGCUUCUGAACGGCACCAAAUCGUGGAUCACCAACGGCUUCGAGUCGGAGGCCGCCAUCGUGUUUGCCACCACGGACAAGAGCAAGAAGCACAAGGGCAUCAGCGCCUUCAUCGUCCCGAAGCCAGCCACAGGCCUGUCUCUGGGCAAGAAGGAAGACAAGCUUGGCAUCCGCGCAUCCUCCACCUGCAACCUCAUCUUGGAGGACUGCAGCAUCCCCGGGGACCACCUGUUGGGCCAGCCCGGCCUCGGCUUCAAGAUUGCCAUGAAGACGCUCGACGCUGGUCGCAUCGGCAUAGCGGCUCAGGCGCUGGGCAUCGGCCGGGCGGCUCUCGACUGUGCCGUGGAGUACGCAGGCAAGCGCGUGGCGUUCGGCAAGCCCAUCAUCAAGCUGCAGGCCAUACAGGGCAAGAUAGCGGAGAUGGCGACGAGGCUGGACGCGGCUCGCCUGCUGACGUGGCGGGCGGCUGUGUUGAAAGAUGGCGGCCAGUCCUUCACCAAGGAAGCGGCCAUGGCGAAGCUGAUGGCGUCCGAGGCGGCCACCUUCAUCGCCCACCAGGCCAUCCAGGUGCUGGGGGGCAUGGGGUACGUGUCGGACAUGCCCGCAGAGCGCCACUACCGCGACGCCCGCAUCACCGAGAUAUACGAGGGCACCUCCGAGAUACAGCGCCUGGUCAUUGCCGCCAACGUGGCCAAGGAGUACGGCCUGGACUGAGCCGUGCUGCCUCCGUGCUUCCGUAUCGGCUACACCUGAAGUUCAGUGUGCCUUGGCAGCCGGUGUUGCCUUCGACAGUGCAAGACGCCAAACGCUAUAGUCGGAGCACUGUGUCACAUCGUCCCAGGACCACCGUUCCUCAGACCCUAGUUCUCAAACCACAUCCCGUGUUCUACCGUCUUGCUGCAGUACAUGGCUGCAACGUCCACUCACAUUUACACUGCGGCUGUAGUCCCUUCCUUGAAAUUUUUUUUUUUAUUCCUCACAAUUUUAUAAUGGAAUUAAAAUACAGGAUUUACUCCCUUGUUUAAACAAUUUCCUCGAGAUUUCUUAGUUUUCCGUGCACUAGUGAACAUUUAUCCAUGUCUCAUCAGUCUUUCCAGCAAGAUAAUAACAUACGUAAUAUAUAAUCAAAGUGAGAACCCUGCACUAGUGCGACAAAUAUUGUGAACAUGCUGUUUUCACUAAACCAUUAAACACACUUCUUAGUUUUUCAAUGCACCAGUCUAAAAAUUAUUCAAAAACAAAAUUUUGACACAUUUCAGUAAGUUUCGGCCUGCAGCACAUUACUAAACCUUUCUAACUUUGAAGUCUUUAGUGGGCGUGAAAUUUUAUUGCACUGUCAUGGAUGUGUUGAACGUGAUUUGCUAGUAAAUCUUCAUGUUGUAUCAUGUUUUUUUUGUGACUCUAGCAAUAUAUAUCCGUAAUGGGCUUGAGUCUGAAAGAAGCAUAUAUUUGCCAGUGAAACUGGCCCAAGUGAAUGUGCAUAAUACAAUACGUAGUGUAAAUUCAGUGUUAAAAUGCCAGAAUUGUCAAUUUUUAAGUCUGAUUUUAUAUUGUUUUUGAUGUUCAACAUAUUUUUAUAUUAAUUUUAUUUAGGAAAUAUUUCUGAAUUAUAAAAUGUAUCUAUUUUGAAAAAAAUCACGGUGUCUUUCAUUCUAAAAUAUUUAUGCACCAUUUUCCAAUAAACUUUUU